AUGUUAGCAGUUGCUAUUGAUGGAAACAACAAUACUACGUCAAUAGCAUUUGGUGUCGGGGUGGCAAAUAGUGUUAACUCCUACACUUGGUUCCUUAUGAGGUUGAAGGAUGCUAUCGGAGCGGGUACGGAAGUUGUGCUCAUAACCAACAUGGGCGAUACCAUUGCUUCUUGCAUUGGUCAAGUAUUCCCUGAUGCUUACCAUGGUUAUUCGUCUAACAGUGUUUUGAAUUAUUGCCAAUUAAGAAUUGGUCAAAGCAGAAAUUUAGAUUACUUGUUCUUCCGUGUAUGCAAAGCAUAUAUCACGCAAGACUUUAAACAAACAUUUUCUAAGUUAAGUCAUGGUGCACAGGAAGUUCUUCACAACAUCGGACAUAUGAAAUGGGCACGGGCCUAUUUCCCUAAUAUACGUUGGAAUGUACUAAACAUUAAAAUUCCAGAAUUCCUAAUGGUGUUAUCGGUUAGUCAACACAAUGUGCCGAUAAUAACGCUAAUGGAUGUGAUUGUGCAGCACAUCCAACAGACAUUUGCAGAACGCUGUGUCAUGGGAGAUAUGAAUCGACACACAUGUUCUUGUGGGAAAUGGCGCAGUCUUGGUAUAACAUGUGGUCAUGCUCUUGUUGCAGCACGUUAUACAAACAACACAUAA